AUGCGGCCCUACCAAUCCCGAUUGUCCUCUCUGACACCACUCCUGCACCCUUUUGCGAUGCACUGUGGGUCCAAAACCCGCUUCGCGGGUCCGAUUCUCUUCUUCUCGGCGUGGUCUACCGUAGCCCUUCGAGUCCCCCUGAAGAUCACCAAUUCCUCAUACAAACCCUUUAGCAACUCUCCUCCAACUGCCAUUUCACUCAUCUCCUGCUGGUGGGUGACUUCAACGCCCCAAAGGCCUCCUGGAUUGAGCUCCAGCGCGUCGAAUCAGGCGGACGUUUUGCAGCGGUGCUGUGAACGACAGCCACUGACCGACAAGAACAAAACCGACCCGGGAGACUUGGGCAAAAGCCUCGACCCUGUGUGUCAAUCCGUGUCUUUGGUGGGCGAGAGGCCUGUGGUGGUCGAAUCAAAACUGCUGUCCGGAGAAGCAGCUGGUUUCGUCGGCCUGCUUUCGGGAGCUUCCCCCCGUCACAGUGUAUCUGACUUUAUACAACAUACUCGAUGA